AUGUAUGAACUUAAUAUCUGCAAUAAAUUGAUUCUUUCGAAAUCAAAUGCUCUCUCUCUGUCUCUUUUUCUCUGUCUCUUUUUCUCUGUCUUAAAUUUUUUCUCUUUUUUUCUCUUUUCAUGUCUCUUUUCUGUCUCUUUUUCUCCUUCUCAGAUGGAAUUUUCUUUCUGUUUAAAAAAAUUGUUUUCUUUCUUUCUCUUUCUCCUUCUCUUUCUUUCUUUCUUCCUUUAUUUCUCUUUCUUUUUCUUUCUCCUUCUCUCUUUUCUUUCUUUCCUUUUCUCUCUUUCUUUCUUUCUCCUUCUCUCUUUCUUUCUUUCUCCUUCUCUCUUUCUUUCUUUCUCCUUCUCUCUUUCUUUCUUUCUCCUUCUCUCUUUCUUUCUUUCUCCUUCUCUCUUUCUUUCUUUCUCCUUCUCUCUUUCUUUCUUUCUCCUUCUCUCUUUCUUUCUUUCUCCUUCUCUCUUUCUCUCUCACUACAAUGGUUUUCAACAUAAUUGGUACUUUGGUAAAGUGGUUUAUCUUGUGAAUGGUUCAAACGGCCCCAAAAGCCCCCUCUAUUACCGUUACUACCACCGCCUCAUCUACUUCUUAAACAAUUUUUACCACUUUCAAAUUCUCCUUAAGGACAGAGUAGGGUUUUUAAUGAAGAGCUAUUGGUCCAUUGAUGCUUUUCACCGUUUAAAAAUCUCAUAA